AUGUUCAGCGCGCCUAAAUCCUCGACGCCCAACGUAUCCUCGCCUCUUGCCUCCGUGCGCCCCGUCGCGCCAGGCGCCAGCUCGCGGCCAAACCCGAGUCGCAAGUCUUCCUUCCCGACCUCGCGCCCUCUUCGUCCGUUCGCGUCUAUCGCUCAGUCGCUGGCGAACGCGCCCAGCGUCCCGCGAUGUUCAUCGCUCGAUUCUGCGGAGCCGAGGAAGACCGUGGCAACCGGCGGUACACCCAUCAAACUGAUUGAGCCGCCCAAAGGCUUUGAAGGAUGUUUCCUUCUCAACCUCACGCAGGCGGAAUUCAGCCGGCGCGACUGA